CAAGAAGACGAAUAAUAGACAGAGAAAUAGACAGAGAGUUUGUAGAAAAUCUUUCAGUUUGUAUUCACUGCAUUUACGGUGAAAUUUAUUUUGAUUGUUUAAGGUAAUUUUAUCUACAAGUAGUUUUAUUGUUACUCAAUUUGUUAGUAUUCUAAGUUAUUUUAUUAUUAUGGCAGCAAUACGAAAAAAAUUGGUCAUCGUUGGGGAUGGUGCGUGUGGUAAAACUUGCCUAUUAAUUGUAUUCAGUAAGGAUCAAUUUCCUGAGGUCUAUGUGCCAACUGUUUUUGAGAAUUAUGUUGCUGACAUUGAGGUUGAUGGUAAACAGGUUGAAUUAGCAUUAUGGGACACUGCUGGACAGGAAGAUUACGACAGGCUACGACCUCUCUCCUAUCCAGACACUGAUGUCAUCUUAAUGUGCUUCUCAAUUGAUAGUCCAGACAGUUUGGAAAAUAUUCCGGAAAAAUGGACACCCGAGGUACGGCAUUUUUGCCCAAAUGUACCCAUAAUACUUGUUGGAAAUAAGAAGGACCUGCGAAAUGAUAGCCACACUAUUAAAGAGCUAUCAAAAAUGAAACAGAAGCCGGUAACUCCAGAGGAAGGCCGAGCUAUGGCUGAAAAGAUUAACGCCUAUGGAUAUUUGGAAUGCUCCGCUAAAACGAAGGAAGGUGUCCGUGAAGUGUUUGAGACAGCAACCAGAGCUGCUCUCCAGACCAAAAGAAAGAAAAGGACGAAGUGUCUUAUUCUCUAAUUGUCGUUAUUUUGCAAUGUUUAACGCUUUUAUCUCCUUUUUUCGGUGGAAAAUUGAUACAACACCGCCAUACAAAAUCUCUCUCCUUUAUCUCUCUUUGUCUUCUUUGUCUCUCUUUCUUCCUCUCUUUCUCUCACUCUCUUACGCUCUUCUCUCUAUAUCUGAGAACCCUUUUCUCCAAUCUCUCUCUCUCUCACACAUACACACACACACACUCUCUCUCUCUCCCUCUCCCUCUUUACCCUUCUCUCAUUUAUGAAUUUUUGUGAAAAUUAGUAAUUAAACUAUCAAUUGAUUAAAAAAAAUUACCACCACCAACAUAAA